AUGGAGAAGGCGCCCCAUAAAAGCACAAAUGAAAGACAAGUCAGCUUCAAGGAGGUCAAGACAUCUGUACACAACUUGAGCAAAACAAAGCAGACCAGACUCACCGUGGGCAGCCUGGGAUUAGGCCUGAUCAUUAUCCAGCAUGGGCCAUACCUUCAGAUUACCCACCUCAUCAAGAAGGGGGCUGCAGCUAAGGAUGGAAAACUCAAGCCAGGUGAUGUUCUGAUUAGUGUUGGUCAUGCCAAUGUGUUAGGAUAUACUCUUCGAGAAUUUUUAAAGCUUUUGCAACAUAUCACCAUGGGCACUGUGCUACAAAUCAAGGUCUACCGAGAUUUUAUUGACAUACCCAAAGAAUGGCAAGAAAUAUAUGAUUUAAUUCCCGAGACCAAAUUCCCAGUAACACACACACCAAAGAAAACCGAGCAGGCAAAAGAUGAAUCUUUCACAAGCAGUGAUGACAAUGAAGACAUAGUGUUAGAGAAAAGACUUCAAUAUUAUAGAUAUCCAUGGUCAACUGAGCAUCACCCUGCAAGGAGACCAAUGUCUAUCUCCAGAGAAUGGCAUGGAUACAAAAAGAAGAACCAUACUAUCAGUGUAGGAAAAGACAUUGACUGCGAUGUGAUGAUUCACAGGGAUCACAAGAAAGAAGUGCGAGCCCCUUCUCCAUACUGGACGAUGAUGAAGCAGGACAAUGAAAGCUCCUCCUCUUCGGCUUCCUCUGCCUCAGAUGCAUUUUGGCUGGAAGACUGUGCCCAAGUUGAAAAGGUCAAAGGUCAACCAGUAAACAAGGUUGGUUAGGCAGUGGUUAGCAAAUCUGUGAUCAAACAAGCAUUUAUCUCGAAAACACCCAUUUUUUGUGUACCACCCUGUACAGGUUUGCUAUACUACAGUGACAUGUGCAGACGUAUCAAUCCUCUUUCAUGACGGCAUUGUAAAGCUUUUACAGAUCUUUGAUGUGAUAUCUAAAUGACUUCCCUGAGGUCUCACAUGCCUCACAAAUCUUAGUUCUCAAAAUAACAACAUCAUUCAGAUCAUUGAGACCCUCCUUUCUGAGAAAAUUUCUCAUCUUUUUGAAAAUGCACUAGAGAAAUCCAAUGUCAGAAUGUCUGAACAUAGUGAACUUCACUUUUUAGGGUAAAUACCACAUUUUUCUUUAAACAUUUAGUUUUUCUGUUUUUUGCAAACUUCAAGUGCCCUCCUUAAAAUAAAUAAUGAAAAUGACACGUUCUUUGGCUAGUUGUGCCCACAGAAUCCACCCCUCUCAGCCCUGCUUUUACUCUGAUUGUUGGGUUGAUAGUGAAUUACUCGAACAAGACAGCGUAGAAACAUGAGGGAGAGACAGGAGAUGAGAGAAAAACAAAACUUUGCCACAGUAAAAUCAGACAUAAAAAAUGAAGUAAUGGGAAUACAGGAUAUGAUAGGGAAUUUAUAUUUUUCAGAAAUAAUUUUAUUGCAAAAGAGGCAAAAAGGGGGUAAAAACCAGACACUUAACUGCUGUUAUUCAAAGUCACAGAUUUUUAACUUGUGCCACCAAUAAUAAUCUGGAAACAUUUGCCUUGGCAGCCAUUUAAUUUGAAUAGUUUCUGA